GCACAGGAUGUUACGAAAUCAGCCCUGUUGCUGAAACUUAGCGAAGGUCGUUGCAUGGGAGUACACACACACACACACACACACACACACACGUUGUGAGCUCUGUGCUGGUCUUUCAACUGGAGCGACCAUCCUGUCGCUCGUCAUCCUGUCCCCCAGAGCCGGAGAGGCCUGGCCUGGACAUGAUUUAAUUUCACAUCCCAGCAGAGUUAGAAGGCAGGAGGAGAACGAUGGCUGCCGAGGAUGUCCUGGAUGAGAUGAUGCGCGAGGAAGCGGAGGACGUCUUCUACGAGGAUGGUGUGUCGUCACGCAUCCCGGAGAUCAUGGCGGCCGCCGGGACGCACUCGCCGGGAGGCCCCAACGGCAUCAUCCGGAGUCAGUCGUUUGCCGGCUUCAGCACGCUGCAAGAGCGGCGGUCGCGGUGUAACUCCUUCAUGGGCAACUCUGCGGCGCAGAAGAAGCCUCAGUCUAAACCCAAAAAGCCCCAUCUGUCUGGUCACAAGGGGGGCAGCAGCUCCAGGGAGCCUCAGCCGAAAAGACUGGAGGAGGUCUACAUCUCGCUCAAACAAGGCCUGCAUGAAUAUCUGGCGGUUCACCAAACAGAGUUGGAGAAGCUGACGUCACUGAUGAAGGACAUGAAAAGAAACUCGCGCCUGGGAGUGCUGUAUGAUCUUGACAAGCAAAUCAAAGCCAUUGAGAGGUAUAUGAGACGCCUGGAGUUUCACAUGAGCAAGGUGGAUGAGCUCUAUGAGGCCUUCUGCAUCCAGAGUCGCCUGAGGGAUGGCGCCAGCCGCAUGAAGCAGGCCUUCACAUCCUCCCCUUCCACCAAGGGAACCAAGGAGAGCAUCGCUGAGGUUAACCGGCGCUAUAAAGAGUACACAGAGAACAUGAGCGCCUUUGAGAGUGAUCUGGAGAACCUGCUCGGAGAGUUUCACAUCAAAAUGAAAGGUUUGGCAGGCUUUGCUAGGCUGUGUCCGGGAGACCAGUAUGAGAUCUUCAUGCGGUACGGUCGCCAGAGGUGGAAGCUAAAGGGCCGCAUCGAGGUGAACUCCAGGCAGAGUUGGGACGGGGACGAGAUGGCCUUCAUGCCGCUCAUCACUGACCUCAUUAACAUCAAGGUGACCGAGCUGAAGGGCCUGGCUACUCACCUGUUGGUGGGCAGCGUCAUCUGCGAAACAAAGGAGCUCUUCACCGCCAUGCCUCAGGUGGUGGCGGUGGACGUCAACGACCUUGGGACCAUUAAGCUCAACCUGGAGGUCACGUGGUACCCCUUCGACGUGGAGGACCUUACACUGUCGUCGGGCAACGUGAGCAAAGCCACAGCGCUACAGAGGCGGGUGUCUGUUUACAGCCAGGGUACACCGGAGACCCCCACCUUCCAGGACGCCUCCUUCUUUAAGUGGCGGCCAUAUCCCGUGGAACGCCAGCGUCUGUCCUUCCUGCACAUGCUCAGAGAUGCCCUGCUCGAGAAACUCAGGCGCACUCGCUCCUUUGGGGACCUGGCCUCGCUCCGGCCUAGACCCAAAUCCAGUCUGGAGGUCUAUUCGACUCUACCAGAUGACGUCUUUGAAAAUGGCGGCUGCGGCAUGGCCGAGUGCAAACGGCUCUCGUUCACCUUCUCCGAGACCUCAGCGUCCACGCCCAGCCCGAGUCCAGCGCCUAGUUCCCACUCCCCGGCCCAGUCCAACCCCGAGAUCACUGUCACUCCCCCCGAAACGAACACGUCCCCCUCCAGGCUCCCUGCGGCCAGAGAGGGCUCGAUCGCAGAGGAGGAUGAGGAGGACGGUGAGACGGGCAGCAGAGGAAGCGCCAGCAUGGCCAGCGACGAGGUGGCCGAGGACUCCGAGUGGGAACGCACCGAGUCCCAACGCAACUCCAGCGGCUCUAACCGCGGCUCAGACGCUCCUUCCUCGUGUUCAGACGGUUUUCUGUCAACAGUGGCGCCGGAGGACGUCUUUUUGGACCAUGCAGACGAGCUAAAGCCGGUGGAGCUAGACACUGAAGAGUGUGGCAACCUGACACGGCAGCUGGUGAAGCGUCUAACAUCUUCAGAAAUGCAGGGCGGUGGCAGCAAUUUCUCGGAGAGCGUGGGAAGCCCGAGCUGGGCCGGAGAGGGAAACAGGGCCUUUCUGGAGAGCAGACUGGAGGACGCCAUCCACGGGCUGCUGAUGACACUGGAGGCGCUGACACAUCGCUGCAGGGAGCUGCAGGACCUGGAACAGGAAGUCAUGCGGCUUGAGGACCUGCUAAAGUGUCGCCUACCGGGUCACAGAAGUCGCUCGUCAAGCCUCAGCCUAACGGUGGAGAGUGCAUUGGAGAGCUUCGAUUUCCUCAACACGUCAGACUUUGACGACGAAGACACCGGAGACGACGCUGCUGCCGCCAUCCUCAGCAUGCCGUCGCAGAGGUCACCAAUCUUUGAUCCCGACGGCGAGAAAAUCGGUGGCCAGCAUCCAGAAGCACGGGGCCACCUGAGUGAAGCCCUGACCGAGGACACCGGGGUGGGCAACAGCGUGGCGGGAAGCCCCCUGCCGCUCAGCACGGGCAACGAGAACCUGGAUGUGGCAGUAGUCAUCCACCUGCAGUACUGCAACCACCUCAUCCAGCUGCUGACGGGAGCUGUGAGCACUUGGCGGCGGCGGGGCGUUCUCCUCAAGCUGUCUGCUCAGACUCAGCUUCUCGAGGAGCUGGCGGAGGUCAUUGUGGACAAAGAGGGGGCGCUGACCUCAGCGGCUGAUGUCCUGCCGGGCCUAGCAGAGCGCGAGGCUUUGAUGUCUCUGUGGUCUGAGUGCAGCGGGUCCACCGGUCUCUUUCACACCACUCUUGACCGAAUGUUGACCCGCAUGACGCAGCGCUACACGCAGACGCUGCAGGAACUCCGUUCUAACGCAGUCAUCUCUUUGGUGGUAGGCGACAUGGUGGACCGCAUCGACCUUGUGGACUCCAAAAGUCCCGCCUCCACUCUCUGUCAGGACGUCAUCACCGUCUUUCAGUUCCACAGUUACGUGGUGGAGCAUGAAGUUGGAGACAUGGGGACACACCUGCUCCACCUGGCCUGCGAGGAGACAUUUGCGGAGGUCCUAUGCAGCGGAGACGCCACCCGGUCUGCGUCCUUGCUCGAGGAGACGCCGCCGUCCUCCCUGUGGCCCCAAAUCAGCACCUUGAGGACGUUGGCGUCGCUGCUCACCGCCGAGGACCCCCGUCUCAACAAGGCGGCGGCCGACUACCUCGGCUCCGCUACGCUGCACGGACACUUUAGGAACAAAGCGGUGGAGUACUACACUCGGGCACUGUCGGAGGCGGGCGUUCAGAGUCAGAGGGCGGCAUGUGCGGCGCUCAGCUGCCUGCAGGCUGUGGAGAGUAUUCGAGCAGUGGUCGCGCUCUGCGACUCUGCCGACGAGGAGCUGCGGCACGUUGCCAUAGAAACGCUGCUCACAUUCGGUGAGGAGGGGCGUCUGGCUUAUGAGCAGCUGGACACGGUGCCGGGCGAAAUGAUACGUUUGGGCACCCGGCGAGGAAACGCUGUCACGACUGCCUUCUGAGCCAACAUGUCACAUGAAAAAAACUAAACUAUGGAAACCUGCUAGCGGUCUCACUAUGACAGGGAACACACACUCCCUGUCAUUUUUGAGGGUUUUAACUGGAAUCACACACGCUUGUUCACUCCUUCACUUCAUUAACCUUUUUACUGUGAAAGCUUCAUCGAUUUUUGCACUUGUAAAAUACUCAGCCAGUCUCAUGUGCCGCUUUGUUCCGUGUUCUACAACUUCUAGAAUGUUCCUGGAUGGCCACCGUGUGUGUCGUGUUUCAGGGAGGCUAAGAGAGGACGUGCAGUUUUUCAAGUGCAAUUUUGUAUGUACAUAGUUAUGAUUCAUGUCAGGCAGGUUUCCUCACACAAGUUGAUGGGGUGAAAAUGUGAUUAGGCCUUUUUUUUUUUUUUUACAUGGACCGUCCUAAAAGAGGCGUGGCUUCAAUUUCUUGUUUUUUUACUUUACUUUGAAGAAUAAUUGAGAAGGGGAUGUUUGUCAUUCUGCGCUUGGCAUCCUAAAAUUCUCAACUUUUUAAUUGUACUACUGAGAUCUUAUUUAUUAUUCAUAUCAUUAUAUUGUCCUGCAUUAUACUGUAUACAUCGCAGGACUUUAUGGGUUGUAUAUUUAUGUUCUCAGCUGGGUUUUUUUUUAUUCUAAACAUUAAAAAAAGGUCUCUAUUGUUACAAUGUGAUGUCACUCAUGCUUAACUUUAAUUUGAAGUUUGAAGUAAUUCAGUCAUUAUUUUGGGUAAAGCAAAUAGAUUAUAGUUCCUGAAUUUAACAGAUUUACUUUAAUACUGCAUUUACGUACUAUUGUGAUGUCAAUCAUGCUUAACUUUAAUUUGAAGUUUGAAGUAAUUAAUGAGUCAUUAUUUUGGGGAAAGCCAAUGGAUUAUAGUCCCUGAAUAUAACAGAUUUACUUUAAUACUGCAUUUACGUACUAUUACCAAAGGCAAAACAUUGUUUGAGGCAAAUGUAUUUUUAGCAAAUUUUGUCCAGAAUACAAUUAAAACCUUUCAAAGCACAAUUAAAACUUUCUGCUCAAUGCUUCAAAAGCCAUAUGAAGUGAAAACUAUUUUUAUGGAAUAGAAAUUGCCCUUUUGUAUAACCUGUAAAUGUGUGCAAGUGAAGCUAAGUUACUUAUUUUUUCUUACCUACAGUACAAAAAUGGUUGAAGUUUUUACUUUUUUUCCCCACAUGUGAAAAAAACUGUUAGUGAGCUCUCAUUUUAAAUAAAUUGCAGUCGACCAGUGUUAUGAAAGCAUAGUUGGUUGUCUUAACUUCAUCUUUGAUUAAAAGAAGUUUAACUAUUGAAUUUGCUCAAUCUGUGGUAUUGACUCGACUGUAAAUGCAGGAGAACUUGUUCUGAUUUAAAAAGUUGCAAUAAAGUUUAUUUUUGCAUAUUUAAA